AUGCUGUUUCCUUGGCCAGCGCGGCUCAACUUCGUCGUCGUCGGCGUCGUUGUUGCACUGAUCUUGUUCUACACAUCCUUCCAUGCACCUACUCCCACCUGGCAAGAUGUCGUCGAAUUUCCUGCUGCCACUCCCGCCGCCUCGAACACGAAGCCAGCUACCAAAUCGAGCUAUCUCGAUGAUUCUAUAUACCAAGUGCAAAAUGAGACGCUAGGUUUUCAAGAGAUAUACAUGAUUUCGCUUCCUGCGAGAACGGACAAGCAGGAUGCUUUUGCGAUGCAGGCAGCGUUCUCGGACAUCUCAUAUACGCAGGUGGAUGGAGUCUAUGGACACGAAGUACCCCCGAAGGCUCUACCCCAUACAAUGGACCAGUCGGGUAAUGUGAUUGGAUGUUGGCGCGCACAUAUGAAUGUCUAUCAACAUAUGGUGCAUGACCAGGUGUCUACCGCCCUGAUUUUCGAAGACGAUGCCGACUGGGACGUAGCGAUCAAGCAGCAACUCGUACAAUUCGCCAGAGGAUCAAGGUUCAUCAUGAACACGACCGAGAAUGCGACACCUCAUUCUCCCUACGGCGAUGAUUGGGACGUUCUGUGGAUCGGCCAUUGCGGUACAUGGGUGCUGCCUGACGACAACCGUCGCUUUUUCGUCAUUCCCGACGAUCCUACCACUGAACUACCGCAGUUUCGGCAUGACAAUGUCGAUCAGCCCAAGAUGACCCCCUGGGAAAAGGGUCCCAAUGGUGGAAAUCAUACAAGGAUAGUCUUCCAUUCCGAGGGAGGAGUGUGUACUGCGGGAUAUGCCAUCUCCCAAAAAGGCGCACGGAAAGCUCUUUACCACAUGUCAAUGGUCCCAUACAACAGUCCGAUUGACUGGGGUCUGGCCGGCCUGUGCAAGAAUAAAGAGUACAACUUCACUUGCAUAUCACCGUGGCCGCAACUUGUUGGGGUAUCUCGACCGACCGCCAAUACGGCCAAGUGGAGCGACAUUGGUUAUGGCCCGGACGAGGGGAGACAGGUCGAAGCGGGCCAGUCACUACAUCUGGUUUAUCCUAUGCGUCAGAACAUCCCAAACCUGCUUCAAGGGAAGGAGAUUUUCGACAGCAGGUAUCCCGACAUCUCGCCGCCUAGGAGCAUUGCAGAGAUCGGUAGUGCAGUCGGCCAUGUCGAGAUUCUAGAACCCGAAGACGUGCCUGAGGUGGGGUGA